AUGCAGGGGCGCCGGAGCAUGACUCUGAACGACAGCGGCCCACUCCUGCUCAUCUCCUCCGUCUUCUUCUUCUUCCUCGUAACAGGCGGAGGAGGGGUGGCAUCAGCCGGUGGACGGAAGAUUGCGGCCGGCGGCGGCGGAGCGGAGCGCUACGCCGUCAUCUUCGACGCCGGCAGCUCCGGCACCCGGGUCCAUGUUUACUGCUUCGACAGCGAACUCCGUCUCCUUCCCAUCGGCGAAGAUCUCGAGCUUUAUGUCAAGGUCAUUGCCUUACGAACUCAUCAUUCCGUCUCCAUUUCGCCGCAUGGGUUCUUCCUUCUCAGUAUCUUAAUCUUCUACAGACGAAGCCAGGAUUGAGCGCCUACGCGUCGGAUCCGGAGGAGGCUGCGAACUCCCUUCUUCCUCUUAUGGAGAAGGCCGAGGCUGCAGUCCCUGUGGAAACGAGAGAGAAUACGCCUGUGAGAGUCGGGGUAAUCUAGAUAGAUCUUCUUCCCUCUCUGUAACAUUAUUUUGCUCAGUGCGAUCAUGGUUCAGCGUCGGUUUGCUCGUUCAGGCGACGGCGGGGUUGAGAUCACUGGGCACGGAGAAAUCGGAGCAGAUAUUAGAGGCGGUGCGACCCCCAUACUUGCUUCAGCAACUUUCUACUCUCUUUCUUCUGUCCGGAAAAUGAUCUCGGUCUUCAUUUUCACCACAUCGCUGAAGAUCAGACCUCGUGAAACCACUGCAGAUUAGAGCCCUUCUGCAAGAGAAGAGCUCCUUCAGCUUCCAGCCGGAAUGGGUUUCUGUUCUUUCAGGAACACAAGAAGGCAAAUAUAUGUGGGUAUGUCUACACGGUUCUUCUCCCAAGUACUACUCACUAGUUUCAUCAUCGUGUAUAUGUGCAUCUAUAUCUACAUACAAUGCACAUUAUCUAUGUAUACAUGAAUAUAAAUGCGUAUACCUAUGUUUCAGUAUGUAUAUGUAGAUUCAGAAGGUAUGCUCUAGAGCUAACAAGCUGAUUGUUUCGUCGAUCCAUAGGUGACAAUCAACUACUUGCUAGGGAGACUGGGGAAGGCCUAUCCACAUACGGCGGGGGUAGUUGACCUCGGGGGUGGAUCGGUGCAGAUGGCUUACGCCGUCUCAAGCACCAACGCCGCGAAGGCUCCCCCAGCCAAGGAUGGGAAAGAUGGGUACGUGAACGAGUUCUCUCUCAAGGGCGCCGAGUACAACCUCUACGUCCACAGGUACUGCCUUUCCCCCCUUAUCUCGUGGAUCUGAGUCCCUCUGAUUUGAUGAUGAUUGUGGGAGAUUUAACCGUAAGUUUGACUACUAACCUGGAACGACAGCUAUCUGAACUACGGUCUACUGGCCGCACGGGCCGAGAUUCUCAAGGUUGGCGGGGGGUCCGGCCGUUCCUGCAUCUUGGAAGGAUACGAGGGUAUUGUUCUUCGGCCUGAAUCACACUUCGCUUGACGUUAUUAGCGUAUUGACGGUUUAUAAUCGUUUAUAAUCGAUACUUUUAGAUAUAUACUAACCUUAAAGUUUGCCUGAACCCAAACAAGGGAAGAGAAUUGAAGAAAAAUGGGCACUGAGGGGGCACUUUGAACCCUAAGCCAAGCCCUCCAUCUUGGAGAGGGAAAGAGAGGGCUGAGAGAGAUGGAAUUACCAUGUGCCUGAUUGACGAUCGACCCAUAUGGAAAUCAUCGAUGCCACUUAACGAUUGGCCCAUAUGGAAAAUAAUAAAAUAUAAAACACUUAAAUUAACGAUUAUUUUCCAAAAAUGUAUGUAUUGGUGCUGGUUUACAAAGUAAUUUAUUCGAAAUUUCCAUACUGGGUUUGUGCUUUAUUUUUCUCCCCCUCCCCCACUUUGAAGGGUCCUAUAACUACGGAGGGGAGACGUACAACGCCUCAGCAUCAGCCUCCGGCUCCAGCUUCGCCAAGUGCCGGAGAGCCGCCGUGAAGGCCCUCAACGUCGACGCGCCGUGCGAGACCCUGAACUGCACCUUCAGCGGUGUUUGGAACGGCGGCGGCGGUGCCGGACAGAGAGAUCUAUUUCUGGCCUCUUUCUUCUUCGACAAGGCUGCGCAGGUCACCACAAGAAUCAUCGUUUCCAGAGUCAACGAAUUUACGUUUCAAAUUACAGUCCUCUGAGUGUAGAUUCAGUCGUGUUCUCGCUCAGGCGGAUUUCAUAGAUCCCACGGCGACGACUGCCAAGGCGACGCCUUCGGACUUCAAGAAUGCGGCGAAGCGCGCCUGCGGGAUGAACCUCGCCACCGCUAACUCGACGUACUCGGCCGUUUGGCCGGAGGAUCUGCCUUUCAUCUGCAUGGACCUUGUGUAUCAGUACUCGCUUCUCGUCGACGGAUUCGGUACGCUCUCGCUCUCUCUCUGCCCCUCUCUUCUCCUUCUUAUCACCGGGGGCUGAUCUCUCUCUCUCUCUCUCUCCCACUCACUCACUCUGUGCGUGUUACUGAACACAGCAUUGAAUCCAAGGCGAGAGAUCACGCUGGUGAGGCAGCUGCCAUACGGAAACUUCUACGGGGAGGCUGCAUGGCCUCUGGGCAGUGCCAUUGAUGCCAUAACAUCAUCGACCAAUGGGCACGCUGACAAUUGA